AUGGUAGAACUCUCCAAGAAUACUCUUAGCUUCAUGCAGGAAACCAGAGUUUUACUCAGAAACUUGGAGGUGCAGAUGGGUCAAAUAGCCACAAAAGUUGCUGAAAUUGAUCAGAGGUCCACUAAUUUCCUUUCUAGUAACACAAUUCCAAAUCCAAAGGAGGAGUGCAAGGUCAUUACCUUAAUAAGUGAACAAGUGGCAAGUGCAGAGUCACAAGUUACUAAGAAGCCAGUAUCCAGUGUUGAGAAGUAUCCAGUGUUGCCUAAGGCACCAGAGUACAAGUCAAAGAUGCCAUAUCCUCAGAGGCUUCAAAAAGAGACCAAGGACAGGCAGUUUUCAAAGUUCUUAGAAGUCUUUAGAAAGUUGCAAAUCAAUAUUCCUUUUGCUGAGGUUUUGGAGAAAAUACCUCCCUAUGUCAAGUUCAUGAAGGAAUUACUUUCCAAGAAGAGAACUUUAAAGGGAGAUGAAACAGUGGUCCUGAUCAGGGAAUGUAGAGCAAUAACUCAUAGCAAAUUACCAAGAAAGAUGCCAGAUCUAGAGAGCUUUCAGAUUCCAUACACCAUUGGGAGCAUAACCUUUGACGAAACCUUAUGUGAUCUGGGUGUGAGUAUCAACUUAAUGUCCUUGUCUGUGAUGAAGAAGUUACAAAUCAAAGAGGCACAACUAACAAGGAUAGCAUUACAAAUGGCAGACAUGUCUCUGAAACAUGUACAUGGAAUAAUAGAGAAUCUCUUGGUCAAAGUGGAGAAAUUCUUUCUCUUAGCAGAUUUUGUAAUCCUUGACAUGGGAGAUGAUGAAAAUGCCUCUAUAAUCCUAGAAAGACCAUUUCUAGCCAUUGAGAGUAUUUUGAUCGAUGUGAAAAAAGGUGAAUUUGUUUUGAGGGUGCAUGAGGAGUUUUUUAUCUUGAAGGUUUUUAGAUCCAUACAACACUCAAGUGAAGAAGACAAGUGCAUGAAGAAUGAACUCACUAAUCCAAGUCUCCAAGAACCCCUUAAUGGGGAAAAAUAG